AUGGACAUUGCGAAUCGGACUGCGGAUGCGCUCGUCGCAAAUAUAUCCGCCACACUGAUCGAGAGCAUGGUAAGACUAAUAAUAGCAUAGUUGCCACGGGCCGGGCCGGGCCGGGCCGGGCCGAAAUUGCCAAAACUCCGGCCCGGCCCGACCCGGCCCGGCCCGGUCGGCCCGGUUCAAAAGGCGGGAAUUAAAGGACCAGGGAACCCAAAAAUUUUUUGAUUUUUUUGUGAAAUGUUUUUGUGACUGUUUGAAUUGUCUCUUAUUGCCUCAUACACUGGUGAAAUGCUGCCUCUCAAAAAUGCCAAUGAACGAAACGGCAUGCAGUUGAAGUUGUGGCCGUGGCCUAGCGCCAAUGGCCGAAAAAUAUAUAAAAAUAUAUGCGCUUCUCGGCCAUUUUAUUUUUUCCGCUUUUUUACCGGUUUUUUUCCAAAAAUUCAUGGUUUCUCCCAUUUUGGCACUUCAUAUCGACUGAAUGAAAGCAAUUUUUUAGCAGUGAAAAAAUAAGUAAGUGCCGAACUAAUGUCAAUCAACUGAAAAAUGGGAGAAACCGUGAAUUUUUGGAAAAAAAUCCGGUAAAAAAGCGGAAAAAUGGCCGAGAAGCGCAUAUAUUUUUAUAUAUUUUUCGGCCAUUGGCGCUAGGCCACGGCCACAACUUCAACUACAUGCCGUUUCGUUCAUUGGCAUUUUUGAGAGGCAGCAUUUCACCAGUGUAUGAGGCAACAAGAGACAAUUCAAACAGUCACAAAAACAUUUCACAAAAAAAUCAAAAAAUUUUUGGGUUCCCUGGUCCUUUAAAAAUUUGAAUUAUUGAUCGCAUGAAGCCAUUUUUUGUAGAAUUAGGGGUUUUUUGCAAGCAUCGAACAUUGAAAAACAAAUGUAUUUCUCAUAAAAAAUUCAUAAUAGCAAAAAAACAAAGAAGAAACACUAAAACUUUAGUUCGAAAAUUUUUUUUGUAAUAACGAAAAAAAAUUUCCGCGAAAAUUUGAAUUCCCGCCUUUUGAACCGGGCCGGCACUUUACCGGCCCGAAAUCUGGCAAGUCUGAAUAAUAGUGCGCUCAAAAAUGAUUUGCGCGUAGUGGGCUUCGAACCUGCGACAGUAUCAGUCUUCAAUUCCAAAACACAAACACUGCGCCAUAGGCGCUGCACGACAAGUGAUGAAUUUUGAGAACAAAAUCGAAAAAAAUGAAACAUUUUUCGAAUUGCGGUCCAAAAAUCACAACUAUGGCAUGUUUCAGACGACAGAAGAGCCGUACGUCGACCCGUGCUCAGAACCGGAUCACUACAAAAUAACGGAACGAUUUUGGUUGUGUGUGGUCGCCGGAGUUACCGUCUCGACGAUUUCGAUCGUCUUCAACACGUUCAUCUUCUUCGUGUUCGUCACGAACAAACAGCACAGGUGAGCAUCAGAUUUGCCUGUCCGAACACAAUGAUCUCCAUGCAGACGUUCUCCGAACCUCUACCUCCUCCUCCUCUCCCUGUUCGACGUCUUCAUCGCGUUCGCCUACAUCGCCGUGAUGUCGGUGCGAGUGCUGGUGAACUUCAGCUCGAGCGUCUUCCUCAAAUCCAUCUGGGUCCGCUACAUGAUCCCCAUGCUGACAGUCUCGCACAUCGGCAUCACCUCUUCCACGUUUCUCAUCUGCUUCGCUUCGAUCGAACGAUACUGUAUAACCGUGAACAAUUUUCUCGUGCCACACCUUCAGAAGCAUCGGCCCGUUCUCGCGUUCAUCGCGAUCAUGUGCGGAGUCAUUAGCAAAGGGACCAUAGUGAAGGAGGUGGAUGUGAGUGAACCUUUCCAGAUUUCAGAAGUCAAAUAAGUUCCUGUCCUACAGAUCCAACUCAACCCGGAAUGCUACGGAGAACUCAAUUACUGGAAGGUGAUCCCUUCGGAUCUCGUGCUCAAGUUCCCGCUGUUCAACCAGUACUGGCGCUUCUACUUUCGCAACAUCUUCACAAUCCUCGCGCCCUUCUUCGUCCUCCUCCUCGUCAAUUGUCUAUUGUUGUUUCGCCUUCAAGAACACGUCAAGAAGAGCAAGUAUGGGGAUCAGGACAAGAAGAAUGUGAAGGAGAAGAAGGCGCGGAUCCGGGCGACCACCAAAUCCGUCGUCAUCAUCGUUUGCACGUACCUGCUCUCCAAUCUCCUCUCGGUUAUCAUCACGAUUUGGGAGUACAUUGAUAGCGCUUCCAUUUUCAGUCCGUAAGUGUGAACGAAAUGGGCUCGUAGUGCUUAAGUUCAAUGCCCGCCAUUUCAGAGACUGGAUCGCCUUCUACGUGCUCUCCGUCGACGUCAUCUCUAUUUCGACGAUCAUCGCCUCGUCGGCACGUCUCCCGAUUUACGCCUACUUCCAGCCACAACUGAGACGCGAAAUGAGACAGUGUUUGAGUACGUUUGAACGCACACCUCUUCAACACUUUUACUAAUAAUCCUUCAGGUGACUGGUGCUGCUGCGUCCCGUCGACGGAGAAGAAGCUCUCGCUGUUGGACGAGCUCCAAAUCCCGCGCACUCAACUGAUUUCAACUCCGGACGGAGAGUCGCCGAGCAUCAGUUCUAAAAUCGAAUUUGUGUAG